GACCUCCAACCGGUCCAAUGACAUCACGACGUUCCGGGUGGGAGCUGUCUGAGAGAAGUACUGCCACUACUUCAAGGCUUUACGGAGUUUUAAUGGAGUCAUCGUCCACGCAGACGCGCUGUUGACUGAACAUCGAAAGAGGGAAGCGGACCGUCGACAUGUCGGAGGAGAAAAACUCUCCGGAUGGGAAUGGCAAGGUUAGUCGGGUCAUCCGGAUCGGAACCCGCAAAAGUCAGUUGGCUCGCAUCCAGACUGACAGUGUGGCGGAGAAGCUGAAAGGCCUUUACCCUGAACUCAACUUGGAAAUAGUUGGCAUGUCUACUACAGGGGACAAAAUCCUUGACACCGCUCUAUCAAAGAUUGGAGAGAAGAGUUUGUUCACCAAAGAGCUUGAGACUGCUCUGGAGAGGAAUGAGGUUGAUUUGGUUGUUCAUUCACUGAAAGACCUUCCCACCACUCUGCCUCCAGGAUUCACCAUUGGAGCUGUGUUGAAGAGAGAAAAUCCCCAUGAUGCAGUGGUUUUACACCCAAAAAAUGCAGGGAAAACUCUUGAUUCUCUGCCAGAAAACAGUGUCAUCGGCACCAGUUCACUGCGCCGCGCUGCUCAGCUGAAGAAGAGAUUCCCCCAACUCGUGUUCAAAGACAUCCGUGGAAACCUGAACACACGUCUGAAGAAGCUGGAUGAGAAGGAGGACUUUGAUGCCAUCAUCCUGGCUGCUGCUGGCCUCAAGAGGAUGGGCUGGGACAACCGGAUCAGCCAGGUCCUGGAGCCUGAAGACUGUAUGUACGCUGUUGGACAGGGGGCUCUGGCAGUGGAGAUUCGGGCCAGAGAUGUAGACAUCCUGGAAAUGGUGUCCGUCCUUCACGACGCUGAAACUGUUCUGCGCUGCAUAGCUGAGAGAGCCUUCCUCAAACAGCUGGAGGGUGGGUGCAGCGUUCCAGUGGCUGUGAACACCGAAGUGAAAGACUCCCAGCUGUACCUGACAGGAGCAGUGUACAGCCUGGACGGAUCAGACAGUCUGAAGGAAACCAUGCAGACUAGUAUUGCUGCUACUGCUGACAAGAGCUCGGAAGAGGUGGACGAGCAGGUCCAACGUGUGGGAGUGACAGCCACCAAGAUCUCAGGUGAAGCCCAAGACAGAGCUGAGAGGCUGGGGCUUAACCUUGCCAACCUACUGCUGAGCAAAGGAGCCAAGGAGAUCUUAACAGUGGCCAGGCAGCUUAAUGAUGCCAGGUAAUCCUGCUCCACUGAGGGGCAGGGCUGCACAGCUGGCUGGGUCCUCGGUUACAGUCAGUCACAGUCUUGUGUCAAGUAAAGAUUUGAUUUUUUUAUUUUUUUUAUUUAAUGUUACACAUUUAAAAUGAGCAAAAUGGUGGCGUUUACACCUUCUGCACCAACUGAGCUAGGCCAGCAGCCAAUAAAUUGUUACUUGGACCAAUGUUGUGCUUAGUCUGAUAAAAUGUCUCCUGUCAAUAUCCUCUUGUUCAGAGUCACUGCCGUGUGCAGCACUCUUGAUCUUGGUUCAUAGUACCUCAUGGAGCUAUCCUCUGAGUCACAGACAAACUACCUGUGAUGAACAAUGGGAAGCAAAAAAUGGCCUUCAAACGGUAACACAAACCUAACCCUCAGCCCUUAGGCUGCAUCUAUACUACUACAAUUUUGUUUGAAAACAGUGUAGCUGCACAACAACUGUUAGCAAAAGCAGCACGCUCCGCCACACUUGUCAUUGAUGAUCCGAUGCCUGUUGUUUUCUUCCGGAAGAGGGUCAUGUGAUAGGAGCCUGAUGAAUCAGAGGCUACAUCAUGACCGAAAAGACAGAAUCAGCAAGUUGGUGUGUUUAUGUUGUUUCCAAAUAUCUCUGAGUCUAUCUGUCCCGACUAAAACACAACCCCAGAGUUUUCAAACUAAAACGGGGCCAGAACAGUUUUCCAAACGUUUCAGUUUUAGCGGACCUAAACCUCUGCGGUAGUGUGGUCAGCUGGCCUUAGAGUACCAUCACUGGCUGAUGUCCUAAUGGUGAAACCCUGCAUUGUUUUUUAAAGCAUAUCAAUACAGUAUCAGUGUCUCAGAAAAAUACAACAUUUGUAUAUUUUUCCCAAAGGAAGUUUUAUCAGCAUCCAGUAUCGGUUUCCCCAAGCAAGUAGAAAAGGGUUGUUAAACCAGAGCUCCUCUCAUAGCUUUUAUCUGUACUAGCUUUUGGAAAAGGAUGACUUGAUGGUACCAAAGACUUGUUUCCAAGCACAUGGGCACGUUUUCUGUGUUUUGGUUCGUAAUUAACCACUGAAAUACGGCUCAUUUUGGUGGGAGGCUGUGAAAUGUAAAUAAAUAUGUAAUUUAAGUCAUUCAGCUGUCAGCUCUAAACUCCAUGGAGGUUGAGGAUUUUCUUUUCCGAAAUUCCACCUUCACAAGUUGAUCCGACCUCAUCCACUGGAGUGUUAAAGUAUUGUGUUUUAACAUGUAGGCUCCUUAAACAGAGGUUUUCUUUCUGCAUGAUCUUCAUUCAGCUCAUGUUGAUUGUAACAUUUUUAGCCAAGGAGGUUUACCAUGUUUUCAGAGUAUGCUAGCUACUAUAUAGAGAGAAUUUAUUUCAUAUACAGUGCCUUGCAUAAGUAUUCACCCCCCUUGGACUUUUUCCCAUUAUGUACUGUUACUAACUGGAAUUCAAAUAGACUUAAAUAAACGUUUUCCCAUUUGAUCAACAAAACAUGCAUAGUACUUUGGAGGUGCAAAAUACAUUUUAUUGUGACACAAACAAUAAUGAGAACAAAAAAGUUGACAUCUGUUGGGUGCAUAAGUAUUCACCCCCCUGUGUCAAUACUUGGUAGAACCCCCUUUCGCUGCAAUCACAGCUGCAAGUCUUUUGGGGUAUGUCUCUACCAGCUUUGCACAUCUAGAGAUGGAAAGGUUUGUCCAUUCUUCUUGGCAAAAAAGAUGAAGCUCAGUCAGAUUGGAUGGAGACCGUCUGUGAACCGCAAUCUUCAAGUCUUGCCAUAGAUUCUCUAUUGGAUUGAGGUCUGGGCUUUGACUGGGCCAUUUUAAGACAUUAACAUUCUUUAAUCCAAACCAUUCCUUUGUAGCUCUGGCUGUAUGUUUAGGGUCAUUGUCCUGCUGGAAGAUGAACCUCCGCCCCAGUCUCAAGUCUUUUGCAGACUGCAUCAGAUUUUCUUCAAGGAUUUCCCUGUAUUUGGCUCCAUCCAUCUUUCCCUCUAUUCUGACCAGUUUCCCUGUACCUGCUGAAGAGAAGCAUCCCCACAGCAUGAUGCUACCACCACCAUGUUUCACUGUUGGGAUGGUGUGCGCAGGGUGAUGGGCAGUGUUGGGUUUUUCGCCACACAUAGCGUUUUGCAUUGAGGCCAAAAAGUUCAAUUUUGGUCUCAUCUGACCAGAGCACCUUCUUCCACAUGUUUGCUGUGUCUCCCACAUGGCUUCUGGCAAACUCCAAACGGGAUUUUUUAUGGAUCCCUUUCAACAAUGGCUUUCUUCUUGCCACUCUUCCAUAAAGGCCAGAUUUGUGGAGUAGACGACUAAUAGUUGUCCUGUGGACAGAUUCUCCCACCUCAGCUGUGGAUCUCUGCAACUCCUCCAGAGUAACCAUGGGCCUCCUGGUUGCUUCUCUGAUUCAUUUUCUCCUUGUCCGACUCUUCAGUUUGGGUGGACGGCCUCCUCUUGGUAGGUUUGCGGUUGGGCCAUAUUCUUUCCAUUUUCUUAUGAUGGAUUUUAUGGUGCUCAGAGAGAUGUUCAAAGCUCUGGAUAUUUUUUUAUAACCUAACCCUGCUUCAUAUUUCUCCACAACUUUAUCCCUGACCUGUUUGGUGAGCUCCUUGGUCUUCAUGAUGCUGUUUGUUCAGUAAUGAUCUCCAACAAACUCUGAGUCCGUCACAGAACAGGUGUAUUUAUACUGAGAUUAAAUUGCAGACAGGUGGACCCUAUUUACUAAUUAUGUGACUUGCAAAUGUGACUUGUGAAUGCAAUUGGUCGCACCAGAUCUUUGUUAGGGGUUUCACAGUAAAGGGGGUGAAUACAUAUGCACUCAAACCUUUUCAGAUUUUUAUUUGUAAAUAAUUGUGAAAUCCAUGUAAUAUUUCCCCCCACUUCCAAAUGAUGAACUAUUUUGUGUUGGUCCAUUACAUAAACUCACGAUGAAAUAAAUUUUAAUCUGUGGUUAUACCAUGACAAAAUGUAGAAAAGUCCAAAGGGGGUGAAUACUUAUGCAAGGCACUGUACAUGACGAUAAGCCUUUUCUGACGCUGACAGCUUUCUCCCAAGUAUAUUUUAUUAUUUCAGUUUGACUUAAUGAUUGGAGAAUCCAUGUUAAACUCUGGAGUUCAUCUGGUCUCUGUUUUCUUGCCUUUGAUUUUAAAUGCGGUCUGGGCUGUUGUGUAGUGUUACUUUGUCCUGUUUAUGUUGCACUGCUAGCAUCUCCAAUCAAUGGUUGUAAUAUCUGUAACAGACUAGGCAGCAAACUAGGUUUUAGCUAAGUUAUAAAUGCUACGUUGUUUGAUUAUACAGGAGUAGAAUGAACUGUUUAAAAGGUGAAGGAUACAGAAGCACAGCAAGUUAUAAGCUGUCGUGUGUUGGCUAUGGGGGAUACUCCUGUUGUGUAGAGUUAGUACAGACCCUAUUUCAUUGAAAAUAAUGCACAAUAUUACAUUACCAUAUCAGUAUAUAUUACUGUUGUAUUGCCACACUCUGAACACUGGCUCAAGGCUUGAUUAAAUUAGCAUUACGGACUCGGUCAUGUUGAUGGUACUAUGUUGUGCUGAAUUUUAAAGAAUCACCUGCUUCACCUAACAUAAGAAAUUCAUUCAUUGUCACUUCAUAUUGACUGGUAAUAAUUACAUCUGUAUCUCCUGAGAUGGAUUUCAUAUUCAUGGUGUAGUUUUCUUGAGAAAAUCUAAGUUAUUAUACAAUGAAUAAUCAUUAAACUCAUAAAUAUGGAAUCUGUAUCUAAUCACCAACAAGAUAUUUAUGCUGUUAUCCUGAGUUGCGAAGUCCUUAUUACAACAUAGAUAUGCCAAUGCAUAUUUUGGUGAAUACAAUGCGUUUCUAUAUAGUUCAUCCAGACAUAUUCAAAAUGUUGGCAGUUUAUGUUUUUGUACAAUUUAUGUAAACCUGAUGCUGUAGCAGAUUUCCAACCUGCUUAACAAUAAUAGGUUCCCUAAUGCAAUAAACUUAAAUGAUUUGUCAACUUUCCUAUAGCUUCUAUCAAAGUGCCAGCUGUCAUUUGUGCCUGAGUAAACUGAAUAUGCUGCCUUACAGAAAUGCAGAACUAAGAACUGUCUGUUUGUGCUCUGAAAUCACAGUAGAUCUUUAGUCUUCAGUGUGUUGUUGUAUACCUUUUUUUUUUUUUAGGUCUUUAUUAUGUAUUAUACCUAAUUUAAACCUCCUGACAAAGGAGGUAAUAUCUGCCAUAAUAAUUUUUCAGCUUUAAUUUCUGUAUGAGUUAACAUUGAAUGUUCUUUUAUUUAGAUUCUGUUUCACGGUAACAUGUUGUGACACUUAUGUGGAAGUCAUGUCAAAUUAGAAACACCGAUAUGUCAAUAAAGAGUUUUGUGUUA